AUGCAUACCUCCUUGCUCGUAUUUUCAAUUUUUUUGAUCGGUACAACUUUGAGUAAUCCAGUACAUUAUGAUCAAAUUGAUAAAAAAUUGACGGCUAUAUCAGAACAAAUCGAUCAAGCUGAAUUACGCUUGAACAACAGUAUUACUAAGUUAUUAAAUAAUAGUCAAUCAUCUAAUCAAGCUGUUAGUGCACUUUUAGUUAUUGAUGUUCAAUAUGAUUUUAUUGAUGGAAGUCUUGCAUUAAAAAAUUGUCCAUCGAAACACAAUGGUGAAGAAGUUAUUCCAGUUAUAAAUCAAUUGCUUGAUUCUCAUAAAUUUGAUGUUGUUGCCUACAGUCAUGAUUGGCAUCCUACUGAUCAUAUAUCAUUUUUCGAUAAUCUUCAUCUUCGUUCACAUUUACUUACCUCGGAUUCAAUACCAUUAGCUGAUCUUAAACUUUAUUCAAUAGCAACAUUUGCUAUCAAUGGUCUUCCUCGUAUGGAACAAAGUCUUUGGCCUAGACAUUGUGUUCAAAAUACUCAUGGUGCUAAACUUCAUUCUGAUUUGAAAGUAAUCGAGGAAGAUAAUGCACAAAAUAUUUCGGUUAUUCAUAUUCAAAAAGGAACAAAACCUGAUGUUGAUUCAUAUUCAGCUUUUUGGGACAAUUCUAAAUUAGGUGAAACACAAUUAAAUCAAUUUUUAAAAGAAAAAGGUGUUACUCAAGUAUUUGUUGUUGGUUUAGCAACAGAUUGGUGUGUAUAUUCAACAGCUAUUCAUGGAAUGGAACAUGGUUAUAAAACAUUUAUUAUUGAAGAUGCAUGCCGUGGAGUAGAUGAAAAAACAAUCAAAGAACGACUUAAUGAUUUUACACAAAAAAAUGGUCAUAUUAUUAAAUCAAGUCAAGUGAAAGAUUAUAUACAAGAGUAA